CAAAACCCUACACACUAUGGAGUCACUAACUCAAAACGUUGCUCUCAAAUUACCCAGGGCCAAUUUUGUCCCAGAAAAAUUUACAAACAGAUAUUAUUAUCAUAGGGACAAUUUAGUCCAAAUAAAAUCACCUACCACCACCACUAUGACCACCCUAACCACUAGAAAUACUCGUGUUUUUUUACCUAUCUCUGUAUCAAAUAGAGUUGACGCAACCGGACCCGGUAAAGAACCCGAUUCGAAAACGACCCGGAUCCGAGAUCCAGUUAGCAAAACAGAUAUGGCGUCUCAUGAUGAUGAACGUAUUGCUCGGAUUUCUUCUGCAAUUCGGGUCAUACCCGAUUUUCCUAAACCCGGAAUUAUGUUUCAGGAUAUAACAACUUUGCUACUUGAUACUAAGGCGUUUAAGGAUACUAUUGAUUUGUUUGUUGAGAGAUACAAGGACAAAAACAUCAGUGUCGUUGCAGGUAUUGAAGCAAGAGGUUUUAUCUUUGGUCCUCCUAUUGCAUUGGCUAUUGGAGCAAAAUUUGUCCCAAUGAGGAAACCCAAGAAGUUGCCUGGGGAGGUUAUCUCCGAAGAGUACUCCUUGGAGUAUGGAACAGACAAGAUGGAGAUGCAUGUUGGUGCCGUGCAAGCCGGUGAACGUGCACUUGUGGUAGAUGAUCUUAUUGCUACUGGAGGCACCCUAAGUGCUGCGAUUAGGCUUCUAGAGCGUGUUGGAGUUGAGGUGUUCGAGUGUGCAUGUCUUAUUGAGUUGCCAGAAUUGAAGGGCCGUGACCGUAUAGGAGAUAAGCCAUUGUUUGUUCUUGUGAGCUCAGCCUGAUCUUCAAUUAGGAAAAGAUCUGGACAGAGAUCUUAAUACCUUUCUCGGCCUUUUGGCUAAGAUCAAGUGUGAGCUUCAUUAAAGUGGAAUUGUAUCGGAGUGACGUUUUGAAUUUGGAGAGAAAUCUCAUUUUUAUGACAGCCAUUGCCAAUUCUGGCGUUAAUGUGUGGAUUGAAAUAAGGCCCUUGUUAGGUACCUUGAAUUAGCGAUUCUAAGAGAUUUGCUCUCGAUGAAUUAAAGUCCAAUUUCUAUUGUUAUAAUAUUUGCUCCUCUUUUAUUCUC